AAGGUAUCUUAGUGAGCUUUUUGUCUGACUCCAUUAAAAUGUUUUAUUUGCAUUGGAGAAAGUGGCUCUGUUUAAGGAGCCACCUCCUUCACUAAUCUGUAAAUUUAUAGUUAAUGAGAUGGGAGCUUUUGUCACACUUUCCAAAGAUAAAUAAAUAUCAGAGGGAAUUGUGUGGUCCCUGCCACCUUUCAUGCAGCUAUGGGCAAGUGUGUGGAAGCAUGCUCUCCGUUCUGUGUGUCAGUUGCGAGACUCGAAAGACGCUGCUCACGGGUCUCAUUCUCUUUCCCAGACUGACAGCCACAAGGAUCUAUAUUCUUUUUGGGGGAUCUUCACCCCUGUGCAGAGAGGUGAAAUAGGAGUAUAAUCUGGCCAUGAUCCUCAAAAAAAGGAAGUGGAGGGUCACUUGAAUCCCAGAAAGAAUUCUAAGGGCUCUUUGUAAAUACUGGCUUGGAGUUCUGAGCCACAGUACCCCAAGGCUGUCCACACCAACGUUCCUGUGUGGCUCCUGGAGGUCCCUGCAGCUUCACACAGUUAUUCCUGCCCUUCCCCAGUCUGCUUGUAAUCUAUGGACUUCAGCAACCCUCCUGAGAGUUACCGGCUCCUGCGUGCAGCUGUGACCUGCACCAUCCAGGACAGGGUCCAGUACCAGGUGCUCAGGUGUACCGGCAGGUGGGAAGUCUCCGUCUACAGUUAGAGUUGCAUAAAUCGUUCUGAGAAAGCAUGGUUUGCUCUCAUCUUCUACUCUGGGUUUGAGGAGUAUUAAGUGAGAUAAGGCAUUCGAAGGAACCAACUCAGAUUCACAGACACAGGACCUUCUUGCUGUGUGCUUAAAGUCUAAGAGUGGAGGAAGAACCUGAGGAGCGGCUCCCUCAGAGACCCUAAUAAAACCAGAGAGCCUCACCAGGGAGCUGAAAGGUCCACAGACAGCGUCACACGGAUCUUGUCAUGAAACCAUCACACAAUUCCUGCGAGGCUGCUCCACUACUCCCCAAGAUGGCAGAGACCCAUUAUACUCCACUGAGCUCAGCCUUCCCCUUUGUCACGUCAUACCAAACAGGCUGCAGCAGUUUACCUGAGAUCAGUAGGAGCACUGAAAGAGCUUUAAGAGAAGGAAAACUACUGGAACUGGUCUACGGAAUCAAGGAGACUGUAGCAACAUUGUUCCAGACUCCAGUGAGCAUCUUUGUGACUGGGGACUCAGGCAAUGGCAUGUCAUCUUUCAUCAAUGCGCUUCGAGUCAUUGGCCAUGAUGAAGAUGCCUCGGCUCCCACUGGGGUGGUGAGGACCACGAAGAAACGGACUGAGUACUCUUCAUCCCGUUUUCCCAAUGUGGUGCUGUGGGACUUACCUGGAUUGGGGGCCACCGCCCAAACCGUAGAGGACUAUGUGGAAGAGAUGAAAUUCAGCACGUGUGACUUAUUCAUCAUCAUCGCCUCUGAGCAGUUCAGCUCAAGUCAUGUGAAGCUGUCCAAAGUCAUCCAGAGCAUGGGAAAGAGGUUCUAUAUUGUCUGGACCAAGCUGGACAGGGACCUCAGCACAAGUGUCCUAUCAGAGGUCCGGCUCCUACAGAGUAUCCAGGAGAAUAUCCGAGAGAAUCUCCAGAAAGAGAAAGUGAAGGAUCCCCCCAUAUUCCUGGUAUCCAAUCUAGAUCCUUUACUACAUGACUUCCCGAGGCUUAGGGACACACUUCAUAAAGACCUCUCCAACAUCAGGUGCUGUCAACCCUUAAAGACCCUUUAUGGCAUUUAUGAGAAGAUCAUUGGUGAUAAAGUAGCAGUCUGGAGGCAGAGAAUAGCCAACGAGUCCUUGAAGAAUUCUCUUGGUGUCAGAGAUGAUGACGACAUGGGCGAGUGUCUGAAAAUGUACCGACUGAUAUUUGGUAUAGAUGACGAAUCACUUCAGCAGGUAGCCCAGAGUAUGGGGACAGUAGUCAUGGAGUACAAGGCCAACAUGAAGUCCCAAACCUUUCACACUCUCCGCAGAGAGGACUGGAAGCUGAGGCUGAUGACCUGUGCCAUUGUGAAUGUAUUCUUCAGCUUGUUUAGAUUUCUCCCAUGCGUAUGCUGCUGUUUAAGACGCUUGAGACAUAAACACAUGCUUCACUUAGUUGCCCAGGACACCAAGAACAUCCUGGAGAAAAUCCUGAGGGACUCCAUCUUCCCUCCGCAGAUCUAGUGUAAGGGCGGCCUGGUACCCUUCUUCUUCCAUGGAAGCCAGAUUACCUUAGAUCCCUUCCCUAGAUCCCUAUUUCUCCAGCAGAAAUCAAGAGAUAAAAUAAUACUUCCCAAAAAAAAAAGAAAGAAAAAAAAAUACUUCCCGUAAGGGUUUUAGAUUCUUUGAGAGGAGUUAAAAAUCACUCAUUUCCCCUGCCUCAAUUCUAAUGCAUUGUUCCACUGAGGGACAGGGACAAGGAGUGAUUAAAAUUCAUUGACCAUGAUUCUUAGAUUUGGAAUAUAGGAAUUUUGUUUUCAGGCUGGAGAGAUGGCUUAGCAGUUAAGAGCACCAACUGCUUUUCAGAAGGUCAUGAGUUCAAAUCCCA